CUUCUUCUACCACACAAGCCAAAUGUAGUACCUCCUCAUCUACUAUUGUGUGCUCAUUUUUCCCCCUCCAUUCAUUGGCUCUACACCUGCUACUGCCACUUACUACUGCAUAUAUGAUACUAAGAAGUCUCUCCCUGUUCACUUAGCCAAAACACAAGUAGCUUGCUUCUUCAUCUUCUACUUUCCAUGGCUUCUUCUCCUCUAGCAGUUGAAUCGCAUCUUCUUCUUCUUCUUCUUCUCCUCCUAGCUUUCACUCAUGUCGGCUUCUCGGCGGGCCAGAUGCUGAAGGGAUCAGUCACUUGCCUUGAUUGCACUCCUCACCAUAACCUCUCUGGAGUCGUCGUAGCUGUUAAAUGCGCCCACAUGAAGAAGCUGCUCCCCGCAGUAACAAACAACGAAGGCUACUUCAUUGUAUCGAUUCCGGCAACGACCCCGAAAUCGUCGCCGACUUUAACCCCGCAAUGCUUUGCUCGUCUCCUCGGGGGCCGCGAGCAACUCUAUGCCUUCGAGCGGUCCAUGGCGGCGAGCAUCGUGGCCGUCGGUCGCGGAUCCAACGGCUACGAUCUCGCCUCGCCCCUCGCGUACUUGUCCAAGUGCCCCCUCAAUAUCGAGCUCGACAACAAAGUCGGCGCCGAGAAGGCCUCGCCGAGACCUCCGCCCCCGAAGAAUUCGGCGCCGAGUACGGGUGGGUUGCCGAGAUCUGGUAAUGAGGCGCCCCCCUAUGGGUUGGGGAUUCCGCUUAUUUACUUAUUUCCCUUCAUACCCAUCAUCGGAAUACCCUGAUUUGGGAGAGUUGGAUUGGGAGUAUCAAUUACAUGUGUAAUAGUAAUUCCAUGUUGUAGUUCUUCUUGUUGUUGUUAAGCAAUCUAUGAUGGUGAAGUUGGGUAGGUAGGGGAGUGUUUUGUGUUUGUAAGAAAAUGUAAUGCGUGGAUCCUACUUAUGCUUACAUGUAUGUAAUUAUGUGUCUCUCUGCGGAUAUUGGAGGUGUUUUGAAAAAGAUGAUCCUUAUUUGUAGAUAGUUAUAAACUGUAUUUGUUUAAAA